CAAAGCCCGGCCAAAGCCCGGCCGGCCCGCGGCGGGAGGCGCCCACAGACACCCCGGCUGCAGGGCCGGAGGGAGCUGCGGGGGUCCCCGGGUCUCCCGGGCGGUGCCCGGUGCGGCGCAGCCUCCGCGGGCUGUGACGAGGGGCAGCCCCGCUGCUCGCCCCCGCAGGGCCGGAGCCCGGCCCCUUUUCCCCGGGCCGGCGGCGGGCCCUGGAGCCGCGGCCGGGAUGAAGCAGGCGCUGGUGGACGACACCGAGGAUGUGUCCCUGGAUUUCGGGAGCGAGGAGGAGCUGGCGCUGCGGAAAGCGCGGAUCAGGCACCCACUGGCCACCUUUUUCCACCUGUUCUUCCGAGUGAGUGCUAUUGUUACCUACUUGUUCUGUGACUGGUUCAGCAACAGCUUUGUUGCCUGUUUUGUCACUAUUCUCCUCCUUCUAUCCUUUGACUUUUGGUCUGUUAAGAAUGUGACAGGAAGACUCUUGGUUGGUUUGCGUUGGUGGAACCAGAUUGAUGAAGAUGGAAAAAGUCAYUGGGUGUUUGAAGCUAAAAGGGURCCUACAGUAUCUGCCUCAACUGAAGCUGAAGCCCGAAUCUUUUGGCUUGGUCUCAUCGUCUGCCCAGUGAUUUGGACAAUGUUUUUAUUUAGYACCUUGUUCUCCUUGAAGCUGAAAUGGCUGGCUCUCGUGAUUGCUGGGAUCUCCCUCCAGACUGCUAAUUUAUAUGGCUACAUCCACUGCAAGUUAGGAGGACAAAAAACCAUCAACAGAGUAACCUCRAGGUUGUUUGGCACUGCAGAUGUUCCUAUGAGACAGAACAGGAGAAUUUCACAAGAUGGCACUGAAGAACAUGGGAAGACAGGCACUAGAUGACCAAACAAGGACGAGCUAAAAGAUGAACAAUAAAAAUACUAAUUCAUGAAAGCUGUUCUUCACGGGAAGAUAUUUAGAUAAAGCUCUUCUAGAAUUAUGCCUGCAUGAAAUAGUCAUUUGUGUUUGAGUCUUAGRUCAUGGAAGGUUUAAAGCAUUUGUUACUUAAAAGCUUCACCAAAAAGUUGUGGGAUCACACACAAUGCUCAUGGUUUACAUGGAGCACGCUGCUUUCAGGAAAGUUGUAAACUAACCUCAAACUGUUGGAUUAUAUGUAAUGAAAAGACAAUGCUAAUUUGUUUAACUCUGGAAAUACAAUAAACAAAAUCAAACUGCCUUUCCCUCUCAUACACAAUACUGAUUUUACAAAGCUUUGAAAUUACAGUCCCAAAGGGCCUCUUAGUUAUUAAAGACACUGAAUGUUUUUUGAAGUUCAGACUUAAGGUCAAAUAAAAGAAAUCAAAAGUCAGUUAUCAUGUUCACACAGUACUUGUGUGAAACUGGCAUUAUGUAUACUUAAAAUAUUAUUUUGAUACCUGWAAAAAAAUAAAUAAAGCAAUGCUCUUGUACUAUAAUACUACCCUGACUUUCAAUCU